AUGGAUGAUCAACAGAUCGAUGGCAAUACAUUUAUCAAUGAGGUGAAGGGGAAAUAUGUCUUGUUUUAUAUCUCGAGCCUGGGAAAUAUAUCGAAAGAAGAACUUUUGCGGCUCACAAAUCUGUAUAAAAGAAUUGAUCAAGAGUAUAAUUGCAAGAUUGUGUGGAUCCCCAUUGAGGGUAACUGGACGGAUGAAAAAAAAGAGUCGCAGUUUAUGGAAUGGAGGAAGAUGAUGCCGUGGUACGCAGUGCAAUAUUUUUCCUCCCCAUCCUACAUGUACCUCAAGAAAGAGUGGAAAGUCAGGGGAAAUUCCACGGUGGUGUUGAUCAACCCCCAAGGAAAGGUUAAAAACACCAAUGCGCUUCCCUCGAUUAAGGAUGCCAGUAUCAAUUUCUUUGAUUUCCUGGAUAUUAAGGUCCACACAAUGCUUAAGCCAGUAGUGGCUCAUAUUACAAAGGAGGACACCCAACUUCAACAAUCGAUGGAAAACAAAGGAUACACUUUCUUCAUUGGAGGCAAAAACCAGAAAACGACCAGUGAGUUGUGCAACAAGAUAAUAAAAGCAAAGCCUGCCAUUGAGAAAGAACUGAAAAUACAGAUUGGGUUAGCUACUGUUACGGCAGCAUCAGAGACUGAGAAGACUUUCUGGAACGGCAUGGAAAACCUCUUCUUUAGCUUGGCUCACUACAGCAAGGAGUACGAGUACGAGCAGGUGACAAAAGAAGUCCACAAGCUACUUUCUUACAAAUUACACAAAGACGAUAUCGACGGAUGGAUUAUGCUUACCAAAGGAUGGACUGUGGUGACCUGUGGUCAGUCUAACACUAUUUUCACAACCCUAGAGGAAUUUUCUUUCUGGAAGCAACACAUAAUUGGGAAGGAAUGGGGACAUGCUUUCACCAAGCACCAUGACCGUCUUAUAACUGGGAAAAAAGGACUCUCCUGCAUCACCUUUCAGAUUGCUGGAAAUGCCCCAAUGCACUUGGACUGCCCAGUCUGUGACGACCCCAUGGAGACCAAGUUGGUCAAAUAUAACUGCUGCCACCCUCGUCUGCAGAAUGCUGCAAAUUAA